AUGACAUCUUUAGCUUCACCAGAUGAAUUCCAAUCGUCCCUAGACCAGGUGAUAUUCCACAUCCUGAACCGUCAACAGUCACUAGACACGCUACCCACUCUCCCAUCUCCAACUUCCAUCCAAUCGACUCUCUCCAAUUUGCCUACAUCCCUACCGGCAAAGGGUCUUGGCACCUCAAAUACCACUUCAUACUUGAUAGAUAAGGUACUACCCGGUAUACUACAGGCUCAAAAUGGUCCUCGAUACUGUGGAUUUGUAGUGGGAGGAGUGACUCCCGCUGCUCAGCUAGCUGAUAUACUGUCUACGAGCUAUGAUGAGAACGUUCAGGUGAAUCUGCAUCAGCAGACUGCUUCGACCGCCAUUGAACAGAGGGCGUUAGAACUGGUUUUGGAUUUGCUAGAUGUUAAAAGAAGUACUUUUCUGGGUAGGACGAUUACGACAGGAGCUACGGCUAGUAAUAUCUUGGGAUUAGCCUGCGCAAGAGACCAUCUGCUAUCACAAUCCCCUCACCUUCCCUCAGAUUACUCCUGGGCAAGGGACGGACCUCCUUCAUCGCCUACACUCCCUUCACCGCCGAUCGUGAUUUUAUCGAUACAUCCACAUUUCUCUAUAUCAAAAGCUGCGUCUCUAGUGGGGCUGGGUGGUGGACCGAGAGUCAUCCAGACUGUACCUUCGGAUCCAGAGGAUGAGCUAUCUUUCGACUUGGAGGAACUUGAGGAAAGGCUGAAAGUCGAGAAAGAGGUCGGUAGAGGAGUGAUCAUCUGUUAUGGCCUGUGCGAAGUGAAUACGGGUGGUUUUGGUAAGGGUCUGGAUAGGAUCGCGGAGCUGUCAACUGAAUACGGAGCUUGGCUUCAUGUCGAUGGGGCUUUUGGUGGAUUCCCAGGAUUGAUGCCUGAAUUAUCAGAGUACACUAAGCAUAUGAAUAAAGCGGAUAGUCUAACACUUGAUGGUCAUAAAUGGCUAAAUGUGCCAUACGAUUGUGGCUUGUUCUAUACCCGCCACGUAUUCUCUCUUACCAACGUCUUCCAACCUCCCUCCGCUUCCGCACCAGCCUACCUAGCUUCCAACUCUACUCUCACCUCUACUCCAGCCCCUGAUGAUGAGAAUACGCUCGAAGGCACAGUUCUACCAGCCGAUGUACCCAGUCCGUUAUUUGUGAAUAUCGAGAACUCAAGGAGGUUUAGAGCAUUGCCUUUGUUAGCUAGUUUGUUGAGUUUGGGUAAAGAAGGUUAUGCAGACAUAAUUAUAAGAAACAUCCGAUUCGCCCGCUCCAUCGCGCGAUACAUCGAUAAAUCAAAAUACUACAAACUCCUCAACCCAUCUCCCUCCUACCUCUCUUCGGACGAUGGUGAAACUCCCAUCAUACCAUCAAACAUCGUGUUAUUCUGUCCAACUGCAGAAUCACCUUUCUCACCAUCCGAUCUCUCGUCUUCAGUGAAAUUGACAAAAGCUAUCAAUGACACGAGGAAAUUAUACGUCUCGUCUACCUCUUGGAGGGGUCAAGGUGCGAUCAGGAUGGCAAUUAGCAAUUACUUGACUGACAAAGGGAGGGAUCUUAAGAUUGUUUUGGACGUAUUGGAUAAGAUUGGGAAAGGGGAGACACUGGAAUACGAAUUUUAA